GGAGGAGGAGGAGGUUGGCGGCGCGUUUCGCUGCCUGCUCCAGACUGCGGCCACUGCGGGCACAGCUGAUUGCUACAGAAAUGGCGGAGGGGGAGUUGGACGUCGACUCGCUGAUUUCCAGGCUUUUGGAGGUGCGAGGAUGUCGUCCAGGGAAGAUCGUACAGAUGACAGAGGCGGAGGUGCGUGGCCUCUGCAUCAAGUCCCGGGAGAUCUUCCUCAGUCAGCCCAUCCUCCUGGAGCUGGAGGCCCCGCUCAAAAUCUGUGGUGACAUCCACGGACAGUACACAGACCUGCUAAGGCUCUUCGAGUACGGCGGCUUUCCCCCAGAGGCAAACUACCUGUUCCUGGGCGACUACGUGGACCGGGGGAAGCAGUCCCUGGAGACCAUCUGCCUGCUGCUGGCCUACAAGAUCAAAUACCCCGAGAACUUCUUCCUGCUCAGGGGCAACCACGAGUGUGCCUCCAUCAACCGCAUCUACGGCUUCUACGACGAGUGUAAACGCAGGUUCAACAUCAAGCUGUGGAAGACCUUCACCGACUGCUUCAACUGCCUGCCCAUUGCCGCCAUCGUGGACGAGAAGAUCUUCUGCUGCCACGGAGGCCUCUCUCCUGACCUGCAGUCCAUGGAGCAGAUCAGACGCAUCAUGAGACCCACAGACGUGCCCGACACAGGCCUCCUGUGUGACCUGCUGUGGUCUGACCCCGACAAAGACGUCCAGGGCUGGGGGGAAAACGACCGCGGCGUCUCCUUCACCUUUGGAGCCGAUGUGGUCAGCAAGUUCCUCAACCGCCACGAUCUGGACCUCAUCUGCAGAGCCCACCAGGUGGUGGAAGACGGUUACGAGUUCUUCGCCAAGCGACAGCUGGUAACUCUGUUCUCUGCUCCCAACUACUGCGGCGAGUUCGACAACGCCGGCGGCAUGAUGAGCGUGGAUGAGACCCUGAUGUGCUCCUUCCAGAUCCUGAAACCAUCUGAGAAGAAAGCCAAGUACCAGUAUGGAGGGAUGAACUCUGGUCGGCCCACCACUCCUCCCCGCACAGCCCAGCCCCCCAAGAAGCGAUGAGGACGGCGGAGUGAGGAGGAGACCCUUUUCCAACAUGGUGGCUUCUUCUGUGACACAAAAUAAGUGGAAGCAGCACGUGGCAGAGAGGAAACAGACAAACAAAACUAAUGUUCCAUUCCUGUUUUCUCUCCUUCUGAACUGCUGUCCCACUCUUUUCUUCAUCUUCCUCCUCCAAUGAUUGUUUUUUCCUCUCCAUUUGUGUAACAUUUUUAAAAACAAGUGUUAAAACUUAAGCGUGGCGUUCUGUAGCAUAUCGGAGUGCUUUUUUGUCCUUUUUGCUUUUUAUUUUCUAGAUAACAGAAUGACGACUAGUUUAAUUUACCACAUCUCCUUACUCCCCCGCCUGUACAGACACCACUGGGUUUUCAAUAAAUACAGGAAAUGAC